CUGACUGCUAGUGUUUGCGUUGGUUAGCUUUAGCUUAGCCUGCUAACGCUGACUGCAGGAGGAUAAAUGGAAUUUGCGCAUUUCAUUUUGGCCUAAAAUUGCAGAGGAUCAUUUCCUUUGCAUGUGCUGGUGAGCUCAACGCCUCGUUUUUUUUGGUUUGUGACAUAAGAGACAAAUCAUGACAGACUGUGGAGAUGUUUGUCCUCACUUGGACUCCAUUGGUGAGGUAACCAAGGAGGAGCUUCUGCAAAAAUCAAAGGGCACUUGUCAAUCAUGUGGGGUAGGUGGUCCCAACCUCUGGGCAUGUCUUCAGCGUGACUGUCCCUAUGUAGGCUGUGGAGAGUCGUACUCCGAUCACAGCACCACACAUGCACAGGUGAAGAAACACAAUCUGACAGUGAAUCUGACUACGUACAGGGUGUGGUGUUAUGUGUGUGAGAGAGAGGUGUUUCUGGAACAGAGGCCUGUCAGUCCAUUGGCAGUAAAUCAACGCUACAAACAUCUCGAUCAGGAUUCUCCUCCUCAGAAUCCGGCUCACCCAUUAAAAGCAGUGCCAAUUGCUGUGGCAGAUGAUGAAGGUUCGGAGUCUGAGGAAGAUGAGUUUAAGCCAAGAGGCCUCACAGGGAUGAAGAACAUUGGAAACUCAUGUUACAUGAAUGCAGCAUUGCAGGCCCUCUCCAACUGUCCUCCUUUGACGCAGUUUUUCCUGGACUGCAGUGGGCUGGUGCGUACAGAUAAGAAACCUGCAUUAUGCAAAAGCUAUCAGAAACUCAUCUCAGAGCUCUGGCAUAAAAAACGACCCAGUUAUGUUGUGCCCACUAGUCUGUUUCAUGGCAUCAAACUGGUGAAUCCUAUGUUUCGAGGUUAUGCCCAACAGGACACUCAGGAGUUCCUGCGAUGUCUGAUGGAUCAGCUGCAUGAGGAACUGAAGGAGCCUUUCAAUGACUGCAGCAAUUCCAUCACUGAUAACGAUUCAGAGAGCAACCACGACAACCAAAACCAUGCUGAUGGAGACCGUAGUCCCUCAGAGGAUGACUUCCUGUCAUGUGACUCGGGUUCGGGGAGCGAGAGAGGUGAUGUAGAUAGAGCAGGAGGUGAGACAGAGCUCCUUAUUCAGGAUGAGUGCACAGGAGCGAGGGAGAGCAGUGGGAUCUCUGAGAAAGAGAAGCUGAAAGAGAGAUGGAGAGAGGACAGAGGAGAAGAGAGAACACCAGAGAUGGAUGAGGAUGCUGAUGUGGACACUGCAGUGCAGGAAGAACAGAAUGAAAGAGUUGGAGAGCAGAUUGGGACCAGCAGAGUUCAGGGAAGUACAGAACCAGACAAUGAGGUGUCCAUGCAUCUCCCAUCCUCUCGUCCCUGUAGCCCCACUCACAACAUGCAGGAUUUUCAUUCAAAGCUGUCCAGCAGCCUGCCAAGGUCCAGCCCUCUACGAGCCAGCCCUGCCUAUGCCUUCAAGAAAGCUCAGAUGCUCCUGGGCACCAAGAAGAAGAAACAGUCUCGGUUUCGCAGCAUUAUUUCCGACAUCUUUGAUGGCUCCAUUCUGAGCCUGGUCCAGUGUUUGACAUGUGAUCGGGUGUCCACAACUGUCGAGACCUUUCAGGAUUUGUCUCUGCCAAUUCCAGGUAAAGAAGACCUGGCUAAACUUCACUCCUCUAUCCACCAGAGCACUCCAGCCAAGAUUGGAGUGUGUGCAGACACCUACGCUGCCCAGGGCUGGCUCUCCUACAUCAUGGAUUCGAUACGCAGGUUUGUAGUGUCCUGUAUCCCCAGCUGGUUUUGGGGUCCCAUGGUCACACUGGAGGACUGCCUCGCUGCCUUCUUUGCCGCUGAUGAACUGAAAGGAGAUAACAUGUACAGCUGUGAACGGUGUAAAAAGUUGAGAAAUGGUGUGAAAUACUGUAAAGUCCUACAGCUUCCAGAGAUUUUGUGCAUUCAUUUGAAGCGUUUCCGGCACGAGGUGAUGUACUCCUUUAAGAUCAGCAGCCAUGUGUCUUUCCCACUUGAGGGUUUGGACCUGCAGCCCUUCUUGGCCAAAGACAGCUCUUCUCAGAUUACUACUUAUGAUCUUCUUUCUGUCAUCUGCCACCACGGCACAGCCGGAAGUGGCCACUACAUAGCAUAUUGUCAGAAUGUUAUCAAUGGCCAGUGGUACGAGUUUGAUGAUCAGUAUGUAACGGAAGUCCAUGAGACCGUUGUGCAGAACGCAGAGGCCUAUGUCCUCUUUUACAGGAAGAACAGCGAGGAAUCAGUACGGGAACGGCAGAAAGUCAUAGCUCUGGCUAAUCUGAAGGAGCCUAGUCUUUUACAGUUCUACAUUUCCAGAGAAUGGCUCAACAAGUUCAACACAUUUACUGAACCAGGACCUAUCACAAAUCAUACCUUCCUUUGUCAGCAUGGAGGAAUCCCUCCUACCAAAUACCACUAUGUGGACGAUCUGGUGGUGAUUCUCCCUCAGAAUGUGUGGGAAUACCUUUAUAACAGGUUUGGAGGAGGUCCAGCUGUAAACCACCUGUAUGUGUGCACUAUCUGCCAAGUGGAGAUUGAGGCCUUAGCCAAACGUAGGAAAACUGAGAUUGACACCUUCAUCAAGCUCAAUAAGGAGUUCCAGGCUGAGGAGGCUCCAACAGUUAUUUUGUGUAUCAGCAUGCAAUGGUUCAGGGAAUGGGAAAACUUUGUCAAGGGUAAAGACAAUGAGCCUCCAGGACCAAUUGACAACAGCAAGAUUGCCGUGAUGAAGGGGGGGCAUGCACAGUUAAAGCACGGGGCUGAUUAUGGACAAAUCUCUGAGGAGACAUGGCAGUACUUGUUGGGAAUUUAUGGAGGCGGCCCUGAGAUUGCAGUGAGGCAAAACAUAAGUUCUGCUGAAUCAGAUACACACGGAGAGAGGAAGAUCGAGGCAGAAACUAGAGCACUCUGAGCAAGUGACAUCCUGAAUGGGGCCGAACAUUAUUUGCACCGUGUUUAUGCCUGCUUUCCUGUCAGCACUUUGUGAGCAUGCCUAAUGCUGUGGUCUGUUACUUCUGUACAACUUCAGUGUCUAGUAACACAUGGUUGGUAUACUAGAAGGUCUGCAUAGCAGGACAGUCAGGAACAGUGAGUCACUCAUUUCAUGAAGUUGGGAGACUGAGCCCAUUUCCCCUCUUCAGACCUCCUGCACUCACAUUUAACCAUUAUUUCUUCCAGAUGUCAGAUCAGACAUCUGCACUAUUGCACAGGUUCUCUCGAAUAAAAUACUAUCAAGUAAAAAGCUUACAUGCACUUUGUAGAAUAAACGCAAUGUCCUAGGUUUUAAAUAUUUAUUCCCAGCAGACACAUUUCUAACUGGGAUUCAUGCAUUACUUACUAUAGAUGGAUGAAGGCUACUGUACCAUAAAUCUCUACACACACACAACAAAUUCAUUCAAAGUGGAUUGAGUUUGCACCAAUACUGUAACCUUACACCCAAGCAGACUAAACCACGAUACACCCCUUAUCUUUGGUCUGUCCUCCACAUUGUUCUAAUGGCUGCUAAUGUUGUUAAAGGUGGUUAGUAGCCUUCUUUCCGUCUGAGUCAUAGCAAACCGUUUAGCGUUUAUUUCAGAACCACUUUUGACUUCCAUGUAAUGUGAUCAAAAUGAUCCUGACUCAUUUAAACUUUAAUGCUAUCAUGUCUGACACUAUUUGACGUAAUCUGUGUUUCAAGCUUGAUAGUGGGACUUUAAUUUCAUUAAAGGGGAACCAUGACAAUUACGACACAGAAAGUGAGGUCAUACCAUGAUGAGCCAGGCUUUGCUGGUUCAGUAAGAGACUGCUGUUCUUUGUUUGGUCUGGUAGCCAUUUUUUAUUAUGGUUAAAUUUCUAGACUUUAGACUGUCCUAUACUGUGUGUCAAUUGUGAGCGAUGGGUUAUGUCUCUGUUAUGUCAUUUGAACCAUCAAUGUACAUGUCAUAAAAAAAAAAAAAAAAAAAAUUAUGUAAAAAUGAAAGUUACAAAAAUUGUUACUGGCCUUUAUUUAUUUAUGUUUAUUUAUAUUUAGCUCCUGUUAAACUUCACCAGAGUAAACUGUUGACAGUAAAGGCAACAUUUUAACUUGUGUUUUUGGUUAAUUAUUGAGUUCAGGGCUUGUGCAAUGAAGGCAGUUUAAGGAGCCUUGACAAUGAAAAUGUUCUACUGUUCUAGGAAGGAUGGUGAAUAAAACGUACUACAUGUUGUUCUUAGUUGAGAUGAUGGCAACAUGCGGCAGUGGCCUUAACAUGCCAGCCUUUACUAUCGUAUCAUCUUAAUUCUGCCGUUGAUCCCAUCUACAUUUAAAACAUGCAUAUUUAAAUAUUAUAUCAUGGUCAGGUGAGAUGAUUGUUUCAUUAAGCACAAGCUCAGUCAGCUAAGCAAAGCUUGUUAACCUGAUCAGUGAAUGAAAAGUGUUCAGAACAAAGAACGAAUGUUUUGCUGAUUAUAUGAAUUGCGACUAUUUAAAAUGCCAAGCUUUAGUGCUUGUGUAACGGCUUUUCGACUCGGAGCGUGUAGAUGUCACUGACACAUGAACUAAUAAAGCCUGUUUUUUUUUCCA